CUUGCGACACACAUCCACAUAUACUAGUACGCGUUCUUAUAUCGAUCAAUUAGACAUAUUUAUGGGACCUGUAUUAUUAAUUUGCAUUAAACAAAAUAUAAGGAAAUUUGCUGAAAAAUUGCAGUAAUGCAUAUAUAUGAUUUGUGUCGUAUUUGCCUCACAGAGGAUAUUAACACAAGCACAAUGCAGCCUCUGUUUGAGAAUGAAAAUGAUUCUUGUACCGAGAUUGUGCAGCGCAUAGAACUCUGUGGUGGAAUUGUGUUGAAACCUCAUGAAGAGUUUCCCAAGAUGAUUUGUUCUCAGUGCUUAGAUAAACUAAAUGUUUCCUUCAAAUUCCGUUCCAUGUGCCAGGCGAGUGAGCAUGCCCUUUUAGAUGCUAUAGUAAAGUCCGAAUUGAAAACUGAGCCGCAGGAAUAUGACAACUCACAGAUAAUAUCAAAAAUCGAGGAAGAUAACGAAGACGACAGUCAAAUGUUCUUCGACAUGCAUACUGAAUUUAUCGAUGCUCAAGAAGUAAAUUUAGAAGAUAUAACUGAAAGGGUUGAAGAGGAAAUACUAGAAUCAGAUAUGGAGCCCAAUACAGAAAGUGCUGAAGAAUUUAUUGAAUAUACUGACAGUGAAUAUUUUGAAGAAGAAGUGGCGAAAGUUAUUGUAAAACAGACAGCAACACAAGCGUAUAUAAAAAGAGAACAGCCAACAGGUGAAAAUUCUGGUCGUAAACGGGGUCGGCCAAAGGGAAAACAAGAAGGGAUAAGCAUAAAGUCGGAAUUACAUAGUGGAAAGAAAUCGAAUCGGGGUAGAAAGAAGAAGGAAGAACCGGAGAUAGCCAGUAUAAUGUGCGAAAUUUGUGGAAAUAUAUAUACGAAACGUAGUUUGCUGAAAAUGCAUAUGCGCCGUCAUAUGUCUGAAAAGCCUUUUGAAUGCGAAAUUUGUGGUAAAACCUUCGCAUGUCCCUCAGAAAUCGGCCGUCAUAUGCGUGUGCAUACUGGAGAAAAACCAUAUGUGUGCAAAUACUGUGGGCGAACGUUUGCUGAUCGGAGCACGAAUAUAAAACACGAAAGGAUUCAUACAAAUGAACGCCCGUUUACUUGUCAGACGUGUGGUAAAUCUUUUACUUACUCCAAUGUUUUAAAGAAUCACAUGUUAACCCACACCGGCGAAAAACCAUUCCCUUGUACACCUUGCAAUAAAACUUUUUCACGUAAACAUCAGUUAGACCAACAUAUUGCAACCAUAACACAUCAGCAAACAGUUAGAAAUCUUGCUGCAGCGGACGUUAAAGUGCAGCAUUUGCUGCAUCAGGUGCAUCCAAAUCAACACAUUGCCACCAUAACAAAUCAGCAAACGGUCAGCAAUCUUAAUACCACAGAUGUGAAAGUUGAGCAUUUGCUACAACCACAUCAAACAGUUACAAAUCUUACAGCUACAGAUAUCAAACUUACUGAUAUGCUUGAAGAAGAAGAAGAGCAAUCUGACCAACAUAUUAUAACUAUAACACACCAGGACACAAUAACAAAUGUGGAAGAAGCGGAUGAGGAAGUGCAACAUCACAACUCUGAUGACUACAUUAAUGCUGAAUAGUUUAGCUAAUAUAAAUAAAUAUUUAUUUGUUUACCCCUUGAUGACUAUAUGACUACAUGUCUGCGGACUUUUGGCAAAAGAACUUUUCUCUACUUAGCAUGGUAUAGUGCAAAAUUUAAACCAUUACAUUUUCAUACUUGCAGCUCCAGAAGCUAAUCAAUAAUAAUACAUAAAAUAUAAUAAAUAAAAAUAAUAAUUUAAAUACGAAAUGUUUCUAUGAAAGAUUACAUUUUUUUAGUUCAAAAGCAAAACCUGGUAAUAUGUAAUGAGUUAUUUUGUCAGAAGCUCACAGAUAUGUAACUAGGAUACGAACUGUAAGAGACGAUGUCGCACGACAUCUCGUGUAAGUAAUGAAUAUAAAUUAAUCGAGCACCGAAGGCCCUAGUAGCCAGUGUUCUAAUUAAGUUAGGGUUAUAUUGUAUAAAUCCCCUACAAAUAAUAAUAAAUUAAUCGUA